CGUCAUUUCCGUCACUAUGUGAAAAAAAAUUUGAAAUGUCUUCUGGAAGAAAUCCUAAAGAUCUCCGUAGUAUGGUGGAACACAGUCAUGAUGGUGUCUCAACCAUGGAAGGAAAUCUUUCCAAGCUUCGCUCAUUGUCGAAGGAAGAUAAGUCUGAGAUGGGAUUACUACGCUCUCGCAUUGAUGAACAAUCUCAGCUUAUUAUGAUUCUCAAACAAAGAGCAGAUGAACAUUUAUUGAAAGCUAAAACAUUAGAAAAAUGUAAUAUUGAACUUGAAGCAUUUAGAGAAAAUGCUCAACAUCAACUAGAUCAAGAAUUUAGAAAGUUUAAUAUGUUAAAUGAUAGAUUUGAUGAUUUAGCAUCUAAUCAUCAAGAACUUAUAAAAUUUAAAGAUGAAUACAAAAAACAAAAUGAAUUCCUUAGACAGGAAAAUGCAAGACUGAUUGAUGAAAAUUCAAGAUUAUUUUCCGAUGCAAUAAAUGAUAGGGACAAUAAAAUCAAAGAGCUUGAGAAGAAAAUAAGCCAUUCUACUGAACAAUUUACUCACAUGGAAGCUAAAAAUAAAUAUCUUGAACAACAGCUGAAACAAGGAGAAGACCAAUUUAAGGUAUCAGAACAGAAGCUGAAAAAUGAGAUUAAAACGCUGCUAAGUAAACUUCAGGAAUCUGAAGAGAGAUUGAAAGGUGCAAAUGCAAAAUUAAAGAGCAAUGCUGAACUUCAACAAAAUGCAGAUGUGGAAUCACAAUCUCAACAUGCCAAACUAAAGAAAGAGAAAGAUGAAUUAUUGGAACUGGCUAUGCAGAGAGGAAAACUUAUUCAGACAUUUGUGGCAAGAGAAGAGGGAGAAACAAACAGAAAACAAGAUUUUACAAAAGCAAAUAGAAAGCAUGGAGAAACAAGUGCAAGAUAUGGAAGCUAAGUUUGAAAAAGAGGCAGCAAUGGUGAAUGCUAACAUGCAGGUGCGGAAACUGAGACAAGAUUAUGAGAUUGCGAAUCAUAAAUACAGUGAACAGUCAAAGGAGUUUGAAGCAUACAAGAAGCAUACACAAAACCUACUACAGAAGGAGAAAGACUUAAAUGCGAAAUUGAGACAUUUAGUUGGGUGACGAUUGCUGCUGACAUGAAUUGAAAUAUAAGUUUUUGUGAUAGUCACUUCACUAUUUUUAAUGAGCAAAGGUCAUACAAAGGUCAAAGCGCUUACAUAAAUAUAUUAACAUUAAUUUUGAGCCUAAUAAAUGCUACUUUAGCACAUCAAUUCACUUAGAGCUCACAGAUUUCUACAGGCUAGAUAGCAUUUGAAUUAGAAUUGUUUUAAUGGCUCUCUCUUUUUGGUUUAUCAUACAUUUUGAAAUGAUAUUAGUACUACUCGUAUUUGCAAAUGAGAUCGGAUUCAUAUAUUGUUUUGAAUCAUUAUGUGCCAUGUCAUUAUACAUGUAUAAUACUUAUAUUGUUAAUAUUAUAAUGUAUUUAUUAAAAUAAGAU